AUGUCUAUGCGACCAGACGAAAAGAUGGGAACUACCAAGUUCGAAAAGCCUUUCGGGGCCAGCGAGAUCGAAAAUGUCGCCAGCGGAGGCUACGCCAUCAAUGAUCUGAGCAUGGCCAAACAAGCCACCGAAGAGGAGCAUAAUCUAGGUUUCAGGGAAGCCAUGCGUCGCUACCCACAAGCCGUCAUCUGGUCGGUCCUGGUAUCGGCGUCCAUCAUCAUGGAGGGCUACGACAUUGUGCUUAUUUCGUCCUUCUUCGCCCAGGAGUCAUUCCGAAAACGCUAUGGGGAGUAUUUGCCAAGGACUGACACGUUUGAGAUCACUGCGUCGUGGCAAAACGGGCUUAGCAACGCCGUGAGCGUCGGCACCAUCAUCGGUGCCUUUGCCAACGGCUACUUUACCCACCUGUUUGGCUACCGCAAGGUCCUAUUGGCUUCAUUGACAUCCAUAUGCGCAUUCAUCUUUAUUUCAUUCUUCUCGCCCAACCUGCCCGUCUUGCUCGUCGGCCAGUUCCUUUGCGGCAUCCCAUGGGGCGUGUUUGCGACAACCGCCCCUGCCUACGCGUCCGAAGUGUGUCCCAUGGCACUGCGGGGAUACCUCACUGUAUUUGUAAACCUCUGCUGGGCUCUCGGCCAGCUGAUCUCGGCAGGUGUGCAGGCUGGUUUCGCUGAAAACAACACACAGUGGUCCUAUCGUAUUCCAUUCGCCAUUCAGUGGGCCUGGCCCGUACCACUCUUUAUCGUGAUUUGGUUUGCUCCAGAGUCACCUUGGCAUCACGUCCGACUUGGCAACUACAAGCAAGCUGAAGACUCGGUCUUCCGGUUGGGGUCCGCAGCGAGCGGCCGUCAUGCCAGGGAGCGAGUGGCCAUGAUGAUCCACACCAAUGAAAUCGAGACUGAGAUCGAUGAGGGCACAUCCUUCCUCGAUUGCUUCCGCGGAGUCGACCUGCGCAGGACCGAGAUCGCCUGCCUGGCCUUUGUCGCGCAGCCCUUUUGUGGGUCGGCUAUGGGCGGCACGCCGACGUACUUUUUCGUCCAGGCCGGACUGCCAAACUCGAUUUCUUUCCAGAUGGCGGUCGGGGGGCUGGGUAUCGCGUCAGUCGGCACCAUCCUGUCCUGGUUCCUCCUCCACCGCUUUGGCCGCCGCACUCUAUACCUGUGGGGUCUCGGUGUCCUUGCCAUCAUACUCUUCACCGUGGGGUCCGUCAGCGCAGGGGCGCCCGAGUCGGAGUCGGCAAACUACGCCCAGGCUGGAUUGAUGCUGGGCUGGCUUGGGGUUUACUACCUCACGGUCGGACCGAUCUGCUACGCCAUCAUUUCCGAGGUUUCAUCGACCCGGCUGCGGAACAAGAGCGUGUGUCUGAGCCGCAUCGCCUACUACGUGGCGCAGAUCAUCUGCAACGUCAUCAACCCAUACAUGCUUAAUCCUACGGCUGGUGACUGGAGGGGCAAGACAGGCUUCUUUUGGGGAGGCUGCGCCUUUGUCUUUUUUCUGUGGACGUACUUUCGGCUGCCAGAGACAAAAGGCAAGACGUAUGAGGAGUUGGAUAUACUUUUUGCUAGGGGAGUUCCGGCGGCCAAGUUUGCUUCGUACAAAGUGGAUGCCUACGCUGAUGGGCACGAGGUUUUGAAGGAAUUUUGA